AUGGCGAGCAAAAAGCGAGGAGAAGCCCAGUUGCAGGCUGUCAUCAAUAAUCAAAGCCUGUGGGAUGAGAUGUUGCUGAACAAAGGCUUAACAGUGAUCGACGUUUACCAAGCCUGGUGCGGACCUUGCAAAGCAAUGCAGACUUUAUUCAGAAAAUUGAAAAAUGAGCUGAACGAAGAUGAAAUUCUGCAUUUUGCUGUCGCAGAAGCUGACAGCGUUGUGACUUUGCAGUCAUUUAGAGAUAAAUGUGAGCCCGUUUUUCUCUUUAGUCUUAAUGGUAAAAUUAUUUCAAAGGUUAAGGGUGCAAACGCACCACUUGUUAAUGACAGAGUUAUUCAGCUCAUCAACGAGGAAAAGAAAAUUGAAGCAGGUGAAAUGGUUCGCCCUCAGUACCAUGAAAUUAUGUUUGCAGACUCAGAUACAGAAGAUGCUGAGGAAGGACAAGGUGAAAAUCCUGAGGAACAAUACAAUAUUGUUAUAAUCAAACCAGAUGCUGUGUUUAGUGGAAAAGCCCAAGAAAUUAUAGAACAAAUUACAAAGGCAGGAUUUGUCAUAGAAGCAGAAGAUAAGAGAAGGCUCACUGAAGAAAAUGUUAGGGACUUCUAUAGUCAAAUGGCAGACCAGCCUGACUUUGAAGAUUUUGUCUCAUUUAUGACAACUGGCAUAAGCUACAUUCUAGUUAUCUCACAAGGAAAUCAACAACAGGCUCCCUUUGAAGAACAUGAAUCUGAACCAGAGACCCAAUCUGAAGAACCGUCUGAAGACCACCCCGAGGUCGAAGAUGAGGGCACAUCUGCAGAGAUGAAGAAGAAACAAGACAGUUUAGAAGAAUACCUGGAAAGACAACAUGUAUCUCAGUUUUGUGAUGUUGAAGAUGAUUCAAUUAAUGUCAGCAAGUUCGUUGAUAUCUUCUUCCCUGAAUUUAAAAAAAUGAAAAGCAUGAAAUUGGAAAAGAUCCUAGCGUUGAUUAGACCAGACCUCUUUAAAGAAAAUAAAAAGGAUGUUUUGGAAAUUAUUGAAAAGGAAGGCUUUAAAAUUCUGAUGCAAAGACAAAUAGUAUUAUCAGGAGAAGAAGCACAAACACUCUGCAAGGAAUAUGCAAAUGAAGACUUUUUUGAGACUCUUAUAAAAAACAUGACCAGUGGUCCAUCUCUAGCCCUUGUUUUACUAGGAGACAAUGGUUUGAAGCACUGGAAAGACUUACUGGGACCAAAGUCUGUUGAAGAAGCCAGGAGACAUGAUCCAGAGAGUUUAUGCGCACAGUUUGCAAAGGAAAGUUUGCCUAUCAACCAGUUGUAUGGAAGUGAUUCACUGGAAGCUGCCAAAAAGGAUAUACAGCAUUUCUUUCCUCCUCAAAGCACUUUAGCGCUGGUUAAACCUCAUGUAUCCAAUGAAAAUAAAGAUGAUAUCUUGAAGAUUAUUAAGGAGGCUGGAUUUGAGGUGACACAUAUGAAGGAAAUACUCCUAACUCAAGAGUUAGCAGACUGCGUUUAUAUGAAUAUAAAAACAAAAGACUUUUAUAAAAAUGUUUUGGAAAUGUUAUUUGAAGGCCCAUCUAUGAUCAUGGCCCUGACCAAGUGGAAUGCUGUUGCUGAAUGGAGAAGACUGAUGGGCCCCACAGACCCAGAAGAAGCAAGACUACUGUCCCCCGACUCCAUCCGAGCCCGUUUUGGAAAGAGCAUUUUGCACAACGCUGUCCAUGGAGCAUCGAAUGCCUUUGCAGCAGAAGAGACCAUUACAAAACUGUUUGGAAAGCUCAAGCCUGAGAAUCCUGAGGAAAACUAAUGUAUGUUGCGUCUUUAAUUAUUAGCUUCUUCUCUUUGCUUGUUCCAGGGCUAGGCUUAGGACAAAGCUGGUUUGGAAAGACCAGAACUUUUCCCAUAUUCCUGAAUCAACAUUUCUUUCCAGCAGACACGUUGCUGUCUUAAACACAGCCUGAAAGCUGAGCCAGGGAUGUGGGGAAUUCAAGCUGCAUGGAGCCAGGCCAAGGCAGAUGCAUCCAGGCCCUUGGAUGGAGACAGUGGGCCCAGUGAGGCAGACACUCCUGCGUGUGCAGGCCUUGGUCUCAAGUCAUUUGUGUCAUUUGCCAUGUCACAGUCUUAUGUAACCCUGCCCCUUAAAUCUCUUCCACUUUGAAUGGCCAAAGUCUUGUUCAUCGGCCUGAACUCGGUUCUCUACCAACAACCUGUGGGUAAUAUAUAAUAAUGCAACCUAAUAAAAAGGACCCUGGUUGGCGUAAACAGUUUGCGCUCAACUACUAACCUAACG